UCACGGCCGUUUCUUAUUACUUGUCUUCGGGACUCUCUGCCUGAAGGUUCGGUUGUUUAUAGAAAAGUGGCCGGAAUUGUUGUCUAACAAGGAAAGAGACCGGUUGUUCAGUUUGAGGACGGGUCGCCGGAUGAGGUUGCGUGAUUUGGUGGUUGGUGCGGAUGGGAUUCGCAGCACUGUUCGGCGGGGGUUGUUUGGUGGGUAUGAGAGGUAUAUACCUCAGUAUGCUGGCAACUGCGCCGUUGGCGGCGUUCUCGAAGUUCCCCUGCCGCAACACCUCCUCGCUGACCCGAGCAUGCUCUUCUAUAUGGGCUCCACAGGGGUCUUUGGCUACACCGGCCUCACCCAGUCAGAUAAUAAUAAGCUUCUCUGGUGGUCCGUCUACGACACGGAUCUUCCCGGUAAGGGUGAUUCUUUAGACCAUAACUUGAUUCUUCGACAGCUGCGUAAUCGCCACGGAGAUUGGACAGACCCGUUUAUCCGUCAAUGCCUAGAGAAAGCCAGCCUCGAUAACAUAUACCCCAUCUUCGUCAUGCCCGUCUUUCCGUACUGAGGCCGUGACGGCUGCGUGCUCAUCGGCGAUGCAACGCAUGCCUUGCCCCCGAGAAGCGGACAAGGAGCCAGCCAGGCCUUUGAGGAUGGAGAGGCGUUGGGUCGACUGCUUGCUGAUUAUCUAGAAAGUGGGAAAGGUUCAGAUGAAGCUAUCUCACGAUCGAUACUAGGUCUAUUCGAGGUUCGCGCGAAGAGGGUUGGUGAUAUUCAGGCGGACGCGAUGCGCUGGAAGGACCCAAAGAUACCCAUGUCGUGGCUAAAGACGUGCGGUCUUUACGUUGCCUUGUUUUCAUUGGUUAGAGUGAAGAAUUUUAUCAACUGCUUCGGCUCUAAAGAGGCUUGGAGUGUGGAGGAUGCGGUGAGUACGUAUCUGGCUGGUUAGUUGGCUGUACCGUUUACGCUCAGAGACAUAUCGACACGGC